CAAAUAUACACAGAUAUGACUAAACCAAGCUAUAAUCAUUUACCACAACACCUUAAAAACCACUAUAUUAUUCAAAGACAUGGUUUUUCUUUAGCUAAUAACGAAGGUUUAAUUUGUUCUAAUCCUGAUAUUGCUAUUCCUCCUAAAGGUGGCCCUUUAAAUACCGGUUAUGGAUUACAUGAUAAAGGAAAAGCUCAAGUAAAAGAGUUUGCAGCUCUUCUUUCCAAACAUAUUUUCCCUACACAAGAGGCGCCUGCUGGCGAUGAUGAUUCACCUGUUGUUAUUUUCUGUUCUCCUUUCAAAAGGACAGUCGAAACAGCCGAAAUUAUCCAAGGUGUCUUGAAUGAUACUGUUCUUGGCGGUAAGGUUGCUGCUCCCAUUCGAGAGAUAGACUUAAGAGAGAGAUGGUAUGGUGAGCUCGAUAUGACUUCUGAUAAAAAUUACGAGUUAUGUUGGAUAGAUGAUGCAGCAGAACCUGACCAUGGUGAACAUAGCCAAUAUGGUAUUGAGUCACCUACUAGUGUAUGUGAUAGAACAACUCGUUUCAUUGUUGAUAAAAUCGAAAGUCAGAUGGAAGGUAAGACGGUUAUUUUGGUUGCCCAUGGAGACGUCUGUCAAAUCAUGAUGACUGCCUUCAAACAUAUUGAGCCCUGGAAACAUAGACAACUUAAACAUGUUGAUACUGCUAAUUGGAGAGACACUUUGAAUAUAGAAUAAAUUGUAUGUGUAUAUCUUUUUAGACUUUUAUAUAUAUUUAUAUAUUUAGAAUAAAUACAUUGUAUAUAAAGAUA